AUGGUUUUUGCUCAGGACGCCAACCUUGCUAGUGCCUACAUUCUCAAAUUUAUCUCCGCCAACGAGCACCAUGAGGCCGUCGCCUUCUUCAAUAACGAAGAAUUUGUGGCUCAGCAUGUUGCACCCGACCUGAAUGCCACCAUUAGUUUGAACGCGAAAACUAAAUCCUUCACUGUCGGUAUAUCACUUCCUGGAGGGGCGGUAAACAAGUCCACCUGGACGUACGAACGCCCUGGGACUUUAAUUCAGGACCUUCAUAAUGUCAAAGGCACCUUGUAUACGGCUAAGAAUGCCAAUCCACCUCCCCUUGGAGAAAGUGAAUUUUGGAUCCAACAAUACCCAAGCACCAUCCCCGGAGAAGUUGGUCGUACAGUGGUUGAGUUCUACACCGACAAAAUUAUCACUGCAGUUCAAACAACGACAACUAUGGUGCAUCUGGAAGCGGUGUUUGGUCCAUUCCAGGACCUCAUUCUGGCGCAUAAGAGAUGA